AUGGCUGCCUUCGACUUUCUCUGGCCCAUCACGGGCCUGGCACCAUCAACGAUGGCGGUGUCUAUACCGCUUUUUCUAGGCGCGGCUCUCGUCGUCAUCUUCAUCCUCAGUCUUGUCUACAAUCUCUACUUCCACCCGCUGAGGCGGUAUCCUGGCCCACGAUCUUGGGGCGCUACGCGCCUCAUGUACUCGUGGGAGCUCGUCCACGGGCGGGCACACAAGUCUGUUCUGGCACUGCACAAGCAGUACGGCGACAUUGUGCGUAUCGCGCCUGACGAGCUCUCGGUGUGCUCGCCCGCCAUGUGGCGUGAGGUCUGGGGCCGGCGCAAGACGGAGCUGGGCGAGAUCCCCAAGGAUGACAUUCACUACGCCGAGGCUCUCACCAGCAUUCUCGGCUGUCCCAAGAAGCAGCACACGCGCUUCCGCCGCAUCCUGGCCCCCGGAUUCACGGGAACGGCUGUUGCAGAGCAGUCUCCCUUCAUCAAGAAACACGUCGACAACUUCUUCCGGGUGCUCCAUAGCCACGUUGCGGCGCGGGGUCAACAGGCCAUUGAUAUCAGCGAGUGGUUCGACUUUGCUAUGGCCGACAUCGCCAGCGACUUGAGUUUCGGCGAUUCGUUCGACUGCCUCAACACGGGCAAGUAUCAUCCCUGGACCCAGCUCUUCAACGAGGCACACACGGGACAUGCCUACGCCAAGGCCACUCAGCGCUUCCCUCUGGUGACGCCCUUGUUCAAGUUGGUGGCCAAGAACUCGCCGCUGCAGAAGCGCUGGGACGCGAACGUCAAUUCCACCAGACGGCUUGUCGACAGACGUUUGCUGGAGGCCGAUCGACCCGACUUUGUCCGCGCGCUCGCAUCCCAUGGCAAUAGCGACGAGAAGGAGCCCCUGACGCGCGACGAAAUCCAAUGGAACGCCCAGAUCCUCAUGAGCGCCGCCUACGACACAACGGCCGUGGGCUUGACGACAGCGACCUACCUUUUGGCUAAGCAUCCCGAAUGGGCGCAAAAGGUGGCCGAUGAGAUGCGGGCUGCGUUCGCGAGCGAUAACGACAUUGUCGGGCUGGCCACGCUGGAGCUCAAGGUCCUCAACGCCGCUAUCGACGAGGCCCUGCGUCUGCUGCCGCCCGCCGGAUCAGCCAUGCCGCGUGUCGUGCCUGCGCCCGGCGAAAAUGUCUUUGGAGAAUUCAUGCCUGGCGGUACCAUCCUCACAAUGUGGAUGUGGUCAACGUAUCGCAACCCUGCCAACUUCAAGAACCCCGAUGAGUUCCACCCAGAGCGAUGGCUAGGUGAUAAGGAGUAUGACGGGGACAGAAAGGAUGUGUUCAUGCCCUUCUCCUUUGGGAUGCGCGCUUGCAUCGGCAGACAACUGGCUCGUGCCGAGCUGGGUAUCCUGAUAGGUCGCCUGCUCUGGAACUUCCACCUCGAGGUUGACCCAAGCGAGCGCGAAGAUUGGAUCGACCAGCCCAAUCUUUUGUUGUGGCAGAAGGGGACGCUCAUGGUCAAUCUGACCAGUCGCUAA